AUGACUAACUGUGAUGAUGAAUUGCGCCGCAUAUCACGAGAAGCAAGGCAGGCUCUAAAUUGGGCUGUCAAUAUGGCAGCCAAGGUGGAGAACAUUUUGGAGGCAUUGCUCAUGGAUGUGCAAGAGACUGAUGUUCUAACAGAAACUCAGCAGAAUUUACAGGAUAUUUGCACAGCUGAAAAUCUACCCAAGUCAGUUAUGGAAUCGGUGAUUUCUAAUACGGCAAAGAAGUUCUGUAGGCUAUGGAUAACGUGGAACUCAAGCUGUAAUAAGGUCUUACUGUGGAGACAUUGUGGGAAAAACUACGUGGAGAAGCAGUGA